AUAAACGAGAAACAGAAGACAGGAGACACAAUACCGAACACCUGUUCUCUGACAGGAGUAACACGACAACAGGACAACAGUGUUUAAGUGUUUAAUAUUACGGAAUCUGGGAUCCUAAACACAUUUUAAAAAUAAAAGUAAACAGGCAACUCAUUCUCUGUGCUUAUAUUUUGUUGUGGUUUGACUGUUUUCUUGUGUCAACAAAAACGAAUAAUGAGGCUUUGUUAGUAGCCCAGAGUUGGGCUGUUUUGUCCGUCACCCAAAUAGUCUUAACGAUGAAUUUCCCAACGGAAAUAAUAGAAGAAAUUUUAUUAAGGUGUGACGGAAAAACUCUUCUAAAUGCAAGAAAAGUUAGUGAUAAUUGGAGAAGCAUAGUGGAUUAUUUAUCCCAAAGAACGAAGAUAUGGAAAUGGUGUUGUUUCGAGGAAAUUCCCAAACACCAGCUAAUAGAGUAUUUACAAAACUACAAACAUAAUGAUGAUAAAAAAUGGUUGAAUAUUUAUAUCAAUUGGUGUUCAUGGGAAAAUUUGAAUCAAGUUGUAUGUGAUAUGAUUUUGAGUCCCGUGGAAGUACCGAGGAUAUCCUGCAUUGCAGUUUCUGGAGACUUUAUAGCAGUCGGAUCUCAUGAUGGGAGACUAAGAAUAUUCACUACAAACUGGAAGGUGAUUUUUUGUGCUCGAAUUUUGGCAGUUAAAAUAAAUAGUUUAACUUUCAUCAAAGGUGACGAAGAGGAACCCGAAAAUGAUUUAUGCCUUGCGAUUUCAUAUAAUAGGGGUCUUCAUAUAUUUUACUUUGAUGGGAUUAACAAAAAUCAGUUGGUGAUUCAUGAUGUUAAGUCUCAUAGUGUUUAUAAAAACUACAUUUGUUAUGAAAAACUGGGUGGAAGAGUGACUAUAGCCAAACUAACAGGAAAUCAUGGAAGGAAAGAUCUAUCUGAAAUAUGGUUCUCAAGGAUAUAUUCCCCCUCUUGUUUAUCCUGCAUGAAAAUGUGGGAUGGCGUGUGUACUUUUUUGAUAAAUAAUGAAGUCAAAGUUAUUCAGUAUGCAGGCAACGAGAUCACUCCUAUGGAUUUGAUGACAAAGAAAACCAGGAUCAAAUUUAACUUUCCAUUAGUAGAAAGUAAUAAUACACAAAUUUUGAGGGAUGAUAUAAUUAUUUGUUUAUGUAAAAAUGAAGAUGAUGUGAAAUGUGACUUCAUUGAAAUUUUUUUGUUAGAGAAAAAUAAAUACUGCAAGAAAAUGUUCACCACUUGGUCGAUAUUUAGGUGCUACAUAACCUGCAUUUAUCUCUAUGGAAAUACAUUGAUUCUAGGAAUGGAUGUUGGUAACGUCUACAUUUAUCAUGUUUCAUCCUGGAAAAACUUUGAUUUAAGGGAAUAUAGUCACAAACUGAUUAUAGGUAAACAUCCUAUAAUAAGUAUAGAUGUUAGAGAGACAGCUAACGAACGAAGAUUCUAUGUGUCUUCAAAGUUCAACAUACACGAAAUAUCUGGAUUUCUACCAAAUGUCUACUAGUGAUCAUAAAUGCACUUAUCUAAUUUAUUUCUGUUAACGUAGAUUUUAUAUUUUUUUAAGGAGAUUUUAUUGUGCCAUGUAACAUUAUGAAUGUUUUUUAUUGUACUUCUAAAAGGCAAGAAGCUCAUAAAGUUCGAAAUAAUGGAGCUUCAACCCUCAGUUGUUCAAAAGCUAGUUUUGUAAGUAUAAUCGAGUUCUAAAAAAAUAUUAUUUUCUAAUAAUUGAAUAAUUUUGAAGAUUGUAUUGAAGUUCUGGUUGAAAACCAAUUCAAUAUGUUCUCAAAUUUGAUUUUAUUGAAAUUAAAUUAUAAGAUGUU